AUGGAGCUAUUUAAAUCUUCGCUGGCACGAUCCAAUUUUAAAUAUUUUUCAAACUUGCGAGUACUAAAAGAAAACGAAAAGAUUUCCGACCGUGAUUUGGAGAUAUAUAUUAAACAUCUUGAUAAAUUAAGAGAAGACUUUAAAGCACGUUUCAAAGAAUUGGAGAAUAUGCAUGUUUCCGAAUGGUUUGCUAAUCCAUUUGAUAUAAAAAUAGAUAAUGAAGAUAGUGAAACUGGCUUAGAAGGUGAAUUGAGUGAAGUAUGUGUAGAUCUCGAAGCUAAAGCGUUGUUUAAAAAUAAAAACCUCGGUGAAUGUGAGAUCCAACCUGGGGUACAGGACCCAGGGGCCUUUCAGGUCUCACGUGAAUUUUGGAGCAAUAACAAUAUUGCCACUAAAUAUCCCAAGCUCAGAGCAGAAGCCGAACCUUUCUUACUUGCAUUCCCAACUUCAUACGUGGUUGAAGCUGGUUUUAGCCACGCGAACGCAAUUUUGACAAAACAGAGGAACAGAUUGAACUUGGAAAACCGUGGUGAUUUGCGACUAAAACUUACCAAUUUUCAACCGAAUAUCAAUAAUCUUGCUGCUUCUCUUCAGAGAUCUUUUAUUAAAAUUAAUCUUUUAUUAAAAUAG